AUGAAACCGACCAACUCCAAAAUCGACCAAUACUGGCACAACGCCGGCCCCUGCGGCCUCAUAACCCGCAUCGCCCUGCGCACCCUCCAAUUCAUCCUCGCUAUAAUAAUCGCCGCCCUCUACGGCAUCGACCUCGCGCACUCCACCAAAACCUCCACCCACGCAGGUUCCGAAUGGAUCUACGCCGAAGUCGUCGCUGCUCUCUCCGCAAUCACCUGCAUAGUGCACUGCUUUGCGACAGUUACCCGGGUCGGAUGGUGUACUUGGGACUUUGUGCUGUUUGUGCUGUGGAUGGCGCAGACAGGAGUUUUUGGGAAUAUUUACGUUAGGGCGGAUGUUCAGGGGGAUUAUGUGCAUGCUACGGGGAGUUUAGGGAGGAUGAGCGCGGGGGUUUGGAUUGGGUUGGUUUGUAUGGUGCUUUGGUUGGGGACGUUUGUGCUUGCGGUAGGAUGGUGUUGUAGGACGAGGAAGGUUGUUAGGAGGACGGAUCAAGAGACGGCGAACAAAGGAGAAGAGAAUACGGAAGCUGGUGAUGCGGAGAGGGGGUAUAAGGUGAUCGAUGCUGAGAGUGAGACUGAAUUGGAUGAAAGUGACCGGGACAGCAUUAAGAAGACGGACAAGGGGCAGUGUGAUGCUAAAUGUUGA